AUGGCGGUCGGUAAAAAUAAAGGUCUGUCCAAAGGCGGUAAAAAGGGCGUUAAAAAGAAGAUUGUUGAUCCUUUCACCCGCAAAGACUGGUAUGAUGUCAAAGCACCGUCUAUGUUCACCAAGAGGCAAGUCGGAACAACUCUUGUCAACCGCACUCAGGGAACAAAAAUUGCUUCAGAGGGUCUAAAGGGGCGUGUGUUUGAGGUAUCAUUGGCUGAUCUUCAGGCCGAUACUGAUGCGGAAAGGUCUUUCCGUAAAUUCCGUCUUAUUGCUGAGGAUGUGCAAGGUCGGAAUGUGCUUUGCAACUUCCAUGGAAUGGACCUUACCACUGAUAAACUCAGAUGGAUGGUCAAGAAGUGGCAGACACUUGUUGAGGCUAACAUUGACGUGAAGACCACAGAUGGUUACCUCCUCAGAGUUUUCUGUAUUGGUUUCACCAAUAAGGACUCCCUUAGCCAACGCAAAACUUGCUAUGCACAGCACACACAAGUAAGAGCCAUCAGAAAGAAGAUGUGUGAGAUCAUUACCCGUGAUGUGACUAACUCUGAGCUUCGUGAGGUUGUCAACAAGCUUAUUCCGGACUCCAUUGCUAAGGAUAUUGAAAAAGCCUGCCUUAGCAUAUAUCCACUGCGAGAUGUUUGCAUUAGGAAGGUGAAAGUGUUGAAGAGGCCUCGUUUCGAAAUCUCCAAACUGAUGGAGCUCCAUGGUGAAGGUGGUGGUGGCAAACGUGGGGAGGCUGGAGACAAGUCUGAGCGUCCUGAGGGUUAUGAACCACCUGUACAAGAGAGUGUCUAA